AGGGUUUCCGCCCCUCUUACUUUCAUCACCGAACGACUAUCCCCUCCCUGGGAUCUUGAGACAUUCGGCAGUUUUCAAUGGCAGUAUAUGGAGUGAUUGCCCUUGUUUAGACUCGGACUCUAGUUCGCGUAAGUUUUCGCCGCGAGCACCGUGAGACGUGCUGUGAGAUGCGCCGUCCGAGCCGUUGGGAGAAGGCCGACGAGGCGAGCGAUCCGGACGUUAGCGACGGCGGAGGAAGCGACGAAGGCGGGGCAGCGGAGAGACGGCGGUGGCGGAAGAGCGAGGAGGGGAAGGAGCAGCACGGCCGUAGUCGGCAAGCCCCCGCCGAUUCGCACCAUAGUUCGCACCACCGUCACCGCCACCACCACCGCCACCACCACCACGACCGGCAUAAGGACCGAUCCAGGCACGUGCGCCGCCGGCACAACGAUUCGGAUGACUACGAAUCGCCAGGCUCCGCGUCAGAUUACGAAGCGUCUCGCGACAAUGACGUGGCGGAAGCCGCUGCAACCGUCCCUGCUGCCGCCGCUACAGCCGCUGCUGCUACAGCCGCUACACCUGCUACAGCUUCCCUUGCAACGCCAGUAGGCGGCAACGGACCCGCCUCGUUCUCUUACCGAAAUGACCGACCUUCCGUUGACGGUGACCGCAAUUGGGGAGAUAACGGUGAUACUAUCGAGGCACCGAUAACGGGUGGUAAAAGCGAGCGCAAGUCACGGCAUGCAAGACGGGAGAGCCCGAGCGGACUUGCGCGCGCGAAUAGAUCCUCGGGAUCCGCGAAACGCGCGCAUGGCAGGGACGAGGACGAGGACGAGAGAGAGGGGCUAGAUCGGCAGCGACAGAUCGACGGCGAGAGAAGCCGGGACGACGAGAGGGAGGGUAAGCGCCGGAGGAAGCACCGAGUGGAAAAAGGGGAGAGGGGAGCCGAUAGGGUAACCGGGAGUCCGGAUAGGAGUUAUGAUGUUGCUGAUAGGAAGGAGUUUUCUGAUAGAAGUGAUAUCCCCGAUAGAAGCCGUCGGAAGAGUCCUGAUAGAGGGUUUGGGCGGUUGAAAGGGAAGGGGGCUGGUGACGGUCGCCGCGAGCUGUCGUUUCAGGCGGAUCCCGCAGCAAAGGCGUCGCAGAAAGCGUCGCAGAAGACGUCGCAGGGUGUCGCACGGCCUGUCGCGGGGCAGGCUGGCGACGCUGGCGACGACGGCGACGACGACGCGCACUGGAACGCGCGUUUCGUGGACAUCGAUGCGAUCGAGGUCGCGUUCGAGGCGCCUCGGAGCCCGCUGUUCGAGGAUCUCGAGGCGGCAGAAGACCUAGAGCGGUUCGGGGAAGGCGGGGUGUUAACUACGGAGGCUUUAAUAGGAACGUAUGAGGACAAGCCGGAGAAGAUGGGGCCGUUACGGCGAGAGGAGAGGAAAGAGGUGGACAGCAAGACGGGGAGGGAAGGCAGGAGGGAGCACGAGGAGAGAGGCGGGAAGGAGAGACGGGGGGAUCAGGAGGAUGAGGAGCCGAGAGGAGGUGGCGGAGGUAGUGAUCCCGUUAAUAGCCUUGUGAAUGUUAAAGAGCGGCGGCAUGGAGUGGAUAGGAUGGGCAGGGUGGGAAGGGCAAGGCAGGGUGGCCGAGGGGGGGAUGAGGCGGGUGAUGAGGAGUUGGAUGCGGUGAGGAGGGGGGAAGAGGUGGUGGAAGAAAGGGAGGAGAAGGAAGAGGAGGAGGAGGAAGAGGAGGAGGAGGAAGAGGUUGAGGAUGGGUCAGCAGUGCGUCGAAGUCGGGAGAAAGGAAAGAACAGGGAGAGAGAGAGGAGGGGAGGGGAGAGAGAUAGGGAGAGAGGAAGGGACAGGGAUCGGAACAGAGACGGUGACAGAGAGAGGGAGAAGGCUCGGGAGGAGGGGGGGAGAGGGAAGGAGAGGAGAGGCCGGGAGGCAGAAGGGGACUGGCAGGGUGAUUAUAAGCGUGGUGAUUAUGGCGGGGAGGGCGGGCGGAGGGAAUGGAGGCAUCGGAAACGACCAGGAAGGCGGGCAGAAUCACCGGAGCUUUCCUCCUCAUCAGAGCGCGAGGCGCAAGGCGUUGGAAAGGCAGGCAUGCGAAAAGGGGACCUUGGCCGGGCCAACAGCGCCAAGGGACGGGUGGCGCAGGGGCAGAAGGCGGGGGAGAAGGCGGAGGAGAAGGCGGAGGUGAAGGGGGAGGUGAAGGGGGAGGUGAAGGGGGAGGUGAAGGGGGAGGUGAAGGGGGAGGUGAAGGGGGAGCGGAAGGGGAAGCACGACGAGGGUGGGCCGUGGGCAGGAAGGAAGCAGAGCAGGGAUCGGAACAGAGAGGGUGAGGGGGAGGAUGGUGAGGAGGAGGGGAGGAGAGGCAAGGAGAGGACUGGGAGGGUGAGGAGUCGGGAGGAGAGGGAGUGGGAGGAGGAGAAGGAUGUAGGUAAGGGGAGGGUGAGGGGGAGAGAGGGGAGAGAGGGUAGAGAGGGGAGAGAGGGUAGAGAGGGGAGGAGGGAGCGGAAGGACAGGGAGCAUGGGGCGAAGAGAGGUGUGGAUGAUGAGAACGAAUCCGCACAAAAAGGGGAGACGGAGAAGCUUAAAGAGAGUACAGGCGUCCCUAGCAAUUGCCCGGAGGAUUCCGAACUGGGGCUGCAGGUGGGGUUGGGAGGAAGGGGGAUCAAGAUAAAAGUGGGGCAAGGCGGGAUGGGGAGAACUUUCACAGGUGGAGCUGGGAAUAAUGCUCCAGCGGCCCAAGCUAGGCUUGGUUCCGGCAGGAGGAGAUUUGAGGAGAGCCCGCAGGAGAAAGGCCGUGCUGGACGGAAGCAGGGUAAGGGGAGGACGGUGAAAGAGGAGGAGGAGGAAGAGGAAGAGGAGGAGGAAGAGGAGGAGGAGGAGGAAGAGGAAGAGGGGGGAGUGGACGAGGAGAGGGGUGCUCUGGGUGAGGGUCUGGCGAUUUUGUCUCAGAGUUACUCGAAGCAGAGGCAGGCUGGGGCUCCGGGUGCCGCAGCUACAGAUGGUGGUGGUGAUGGUGAUGGCAGUGUUGCUGCUCGUCUUGCUGUGGCUGCGUCUGAUUCUGCUGCUGCUGCUGCUGCUGCGACCACUUUUGCUAAAGUCGCUGUUCCAGCUGCUGCGGCCGCUCCUGCUAAUAUCUCUGUAGCCCACGCUGAUGCUACUACUGCUCCUGUUGCUGGCACCGCUGCCACUGCUGUUGGUGCGGCUGGUGGUGGUAUGGUCAUAGCAGAGGCAGCAGAGAGGGAGCGGAAGAAGAGAAAACAAGAGAGCGAUGUGAUUGGGGGGCAGCAGGCACCGCUGCCUGCUGGUGUUGAUGCUGAUGCUGGUGCUGGUGUUGGUGCUAGUGUUGGUGCUAGUGUUGGUGCUAGUGUUGAUAGGCUCGAGGGGGUUGCAGCGGACGAAAAGAAAGGGCCAGGGAUGGAGAAGGGAGGACGAGGCGAGGAGGGAGGAAAGGGGGAAAGAGCUGGUGGAAUGCAAAGGGAGGGUGGGAGGGUGGAUGAGGGGCAAGCGGAUGCCUGGCUGCUGCUGCAGCAGCAACAGCAGCAGCAGCAGCAGCAGCAGCAACAGCAGCAGCAGCAGCAGCAGCAGCAGCCAAAGAGUGAGACAGGAAGAUUGAGAGAAGGGAUCAGAGAAGGGGUUAAGGAGGCAGCGGCUGUUUUAAAGGGCCGCAGGAGAGAGAGGGAGGGGAGAGGGAGAAGGGAGGAAGGUGGGGGGCAGGAGGGCGAAGAGGAUGAGGAGGAUUUGGGAGGAGAUGGGAGGGAGGGUGCAGGCAGAUGGGGCAAGGAGGAGGCAGAAGAUUUGUUAAGGAGGAGGAGGCGGAGGAGGAAGAGAGGGGGGGAUGGGGAGGAUGGGGGGGAGGGAUCAAAGAGAGGCGCGUAUAAUGAUGGAGGUGGGGAGGGGGAGGGGUCGGAGGAAGAGUUGGAAGAAGAGGGAAGGGGGUUGCAGAGGGAGGAAGGAGGGUUUGGGCAUGGGGGGAGGGGGGGGAGGAGGGUUGAGCGGCAGGAAAGUGGGCGGAGCUUUGGUGGGGGGAGAAAGGUGGAGAGAGGCGAGAGGGGAGAGAGAGGAGAGAGGGGAGAGAAGGCAGAGAGAGGGGAGAGGGCCGAGGGGUCGGAGAGGGGGGGGAGAGGGGAGAGGAUGGAGAGGGGGGGGAGGGGGGAGAGGGGAGAGCGGGGGGAAAGGGGAGGAAGGGGGGAGAGAGGGGAAAGGGAGUCACGUUGGUGGUCUGGUAGUGAAGUGCGGGCACGAAGGGAUGGGGAGAGGGACAGAGAGAAGGAGAGGGAAUGGGAUAGAGAGAGGGAGAGAGAGUGGGAAAGAGAGCGGGAUUGGGACCGAGAACGAGAGUGGGAGAGGGAAAGAGAGGGUGAGUGGGGCAGGAGGGAAUGGGAGAGGAGGGAGCGGGAUAGAGGAGAGAGGGACAGAGGAGAGAGGGACAGAGACAGAGACCGGGAGAGGGUGAGAGAGAGGGGAGGCUCGUAUCAAGAUGAGUUUGGUCCUGAGGGGAUGGGACGGGCUAAGCGAGAGGAUUCUGUAAUGGGGUCAAGUGUGGCAGGGGAAGGGGCGGUGGUGGAGGGGGCAAGGAGGGAGAGGGAGAGGGAGAGGGAGAGGGAGAGGGAGAGGGAGAGGGAGAGUUUUGUGGAGGCGGAUAAGGGGGAGGCAGACGGAGAGAGAGGGGUGGGUGAGGGGAGGAGAGGAGGGGGAGCAGGAGCAGCAGCAGGAGCAGCAGCAGGAGCAGCAGCAGGAGCAGGGGGGCCAGUGGGAGGGGGAGCAGUAGGAGGGGGAGCAGGAGGAGGAGCGGGAGGGGGAGGGGGAUGGCAAGCGCGGGCUGAUAUGGGCCCUGGGUCGAGACGAGGGCGGGAAGGGGGAGGCGGAGGAGGGGAUGGGUCCUCCGCCCCUUCCCUCCCCCCUCCCCCUCCCCUCCGCCCUGGGAUAGAUGCGCCUUCGGUUCUCCCCGCUCCCCUGAACCUACCUGCAGGUAUGGAAGGCCUGAUUGCCGAAGCUGGCAGGUCCGGCAACGCCGCAGCUGCAGCGGCGGCGGCAGUGGCAGCAGCAGCAGGGGGGAUGAUUGGGCCAGGGGGGAUGGGGCCAGGGGGAGGGGGUAGGAGGGGAAUGGGCGGACCGAGAGCCAUGGGGAGGGGGGAAGGAGGGGGGAGCGGGAUGCUACGCCCUGGGGAGGCAUGGAGGGGCGGAGGGGGAGGGCCACAGGGGUUCUUGCCCGGAUGGGGGGGAAUGGGGGGCCCCAGGGGGCAACCUGGCGCAGGAGGGGGGGCAGGGGCGGGUGGGGGAGGGGGAAUGGGCGGAGCAGGAGGAGGGGCAGGAGCAGGGGCAGGAGGAGCGGGAGGGCAAGGGUUGGUGGGGCCAGGAGGUCAGCCUACCCCGGGUAUGCCUCCCCCAGGUGCGUUCCCCCCGUUUCAUGGUUUUCCAGGUGCAGGAAUGCCCUUUCCUGGGGGGUUGGGUUCAGGGGUGGGGGUUCCGCCCUUCCCCGGGGGUGGGGGGAUGAUGGGCGCGCCCUUUCCCCCGCACCUGGGCGCUGGGGGUCCCAGGGGCGCGGGGGGAAUGGGUUCCCCCGGUGCAGGGAUUGGGGCGAUGGGUGGAAUGGGGGGAAAUAUGCCCCUCCACCAUCAGCAGCCGCAGCAGCAGCAGCAGCAGCAGCAGCAGCAGAAGAGAGAGGAGAAGGAGGCAGAUGAGAAGGAGGAGGGGCCGCAUGGACACGAGGGGGUGAAGGAGGAGGGUGGGGAGGAGAGGGAGGGACAGGAGGAGAAGGAGCAGGAGGAGGAAAGACAGAGUGUUGACUCGGAGCAAAGACAGAAAGAGCAGCAGCAGCAGCAGCAGCAGCAGCAGGGACAGCAGCAGCAGCAACCGCAACUACCGGAGCAACCAUCCCGCUCUCCCGCGUCCCUCCCACCACUCGCUGUCCCUCACAAGCAGCUGCCACAUCAGCCACCCCAAACGCCACAUCCGCAGCAGCCACCCUCGAACCAGGGCAGGAAUCGCUGGUCCCACCCUGCGAAUUCACCUGGGGGGCACCUGGGCACACCCCCCCUGGGCCCUCUCUCUCCUGGCCUCCUCCCAGGUGCUCCAGGUGCCGGCCCAGGUCCAGGCCCUGGCCCAGGUGUUCCUUCAGGUGUUUCUGUUGCUGGGCCGGGUGUGCUGCCACACCACCCCAUGCCUGGACCAGGCAUGGGCGGUAGGUUCGGCGCACACCCAGGCAUGCCCGGACCUGGCGGUAGAGGCCCGGGUGGAGGUAUGGGAGGACGCGGACCAAUCUUCCCUCAUGGGGGCAUGUGGGAUGGCAUGCCAGGCUCGGGACCACCGUUCCUGGGAGGUCCGGGGGGAAUGGGAGGUCCUGGGUGGAUGGGAGGUCCGGGAGGAAUGGGAGGCCCGGGGCCAAGAGGACCCGGCGGCCCUGGGUUCGGGCCGAACCUGAUGGGUCCAGGAGGAGGGGGAGGUAUGCCUGGGGGAGGGAAAGAGGAGGAGGGAGGAUUGGAAGGGAAAGAAGGGGAGGUCCAACCAGAGCAGGGCAGGGAGACAGGGAGGAAGGUGGAGGUAAGAGCGGUGUCGAGGCUUUUUGCUGCUCUUCCGCUUGCUGCUGGCUUAGUGCAGGGGGAACUCUUAGCUAAGUGUUUGCAAGCAGCGGCUGCAGGGAAGGGAGGAGAGGGUUUGGCAGCGGGGACAGCUGGGGUUGGAGAAGCAGCAGGGACGGCAGGAGGGGGGGUUGCAGGGGCGAAGGUAGGGACGGAGGUGCUACGGGUGCGAGACAUGGGUGCAGGAGUAGGGGCAGGAGCAGGGGCAGGGGCAGGAGCAGGGACAGGAGCAGGGGCAGGUGCAGCGAGCGCAGGAGCUGCCCUUGUUCCUGGGCCGUCUGCUGCUGGUGAUGCUGCUGGUGAUGCUGCACCAUCGCAUGCUGCGCCAUCGCAUGCUGCGCCAUCGCAUGCCAUACCCUCUGCCGCCACACUGUCACCCGCUGCACUGCCUGCUGUGCCAUCGGUGGUCGCAACGGGGGGGGCUGGAGCAGCGGAAGAGGGGUGGACAGCAAGGGGAGUGGCAGAGGCGCUGCUGCCUGUUGUCAAUGCAAACACUGUCAAAGCAGUUCAGGCCUGUCUAACUACUCUUGAUGACAUACCAGCCACUCAUCCAUCCCUUCCUCCUCCUCAUCCAUACCUCAAUGCUGCUUCCUCAUCCUGCCGUCCCUCCUCCUCACUCUUCUCCUCCCUCCCCCCGUCUCUCCUCUUCUCCUCCUCUUGCCACAUCCCUACCAAGCCAUCAUCCGUCCCCCAUACAAGCUUCUCCCUUACUGCCCAUUUUUCCCUCACUAGCCAAGCUCCGGCAAAUAUGCCACUUCCUCCAUAUCUCGCUUCCCCACCCAUUGUGGAGUUUAACAAAGUAUCUGCUGAGGGACUUAGCAAAGUGCCAGCCUGGCAGCAGCACAUCAUACCACCACCGCAGGCUCGGAAGGCGUCCAAGCCUAAGCAACAGGCUCGGAAGGCCAAGGGUAAGGGAUUCCAGGGUCGGAAUGCAAAGCUCGGGAAGGUGAAGAGAGGAGCGGUGAGAGUGGGGAGGGAAGUGACGACAGUUGGGGGAAGAGGAGGGGUGAGUGAUCAGUUGGUGGGGGAGGGAGUUGGGCAAGAAGAUGCGAGGGAUCUAGGGCAAGGGGGUGGAGGAGGAGAAGCCGUGGGUGUAGGAGUGGGGAAAGGAGAGGCAUGUGCGGAGGAAAGGGACAAUAGAGUGGGAGGAGGAGGAGGAGGAGGAGGAGGAGGAGGAGGAGGAAGUAGUUUGGGUGCCGCAGGGAAGGGGGAUGUGGGAGAUGGAGGAAGGGGUGAAGGAGGAGGUAUGGGAGGAGAGGGAUUAGGGAGUGAAGGGGGAGAAGCAGGGAGCACAGGAGGGGUCAGGAAAGGGUUGGUGAUUCGGCUGCCGAGAAUGACAGCCUCUGCUGCCCCUUCCUGUUCAAAGGCUUCUUCUGCUGCUGCUGCUGCUGCUGCUGCUGCUGCUUCUCCUGCUCCUGCUGCUUCUCCUUCCCCUGAGGAUGCUGCUGCUGCUGGUGCAGCUGCUCCUGCUGCUGUUCCUUCUGGCGCUGGUUCUGCUGCUGCUGAUUCUGGUGAUAGUCCUGCUGCUGGGGGGAAUGGUAGCGCUGUUGGUGCUAGAGGUAGAGCACGAGGCAGAAAGCAGCUCAAGACGCAGCAGCAGCGGAGUGUUGAGUUGACUCUUGAGUCGGCUCGAAAGGCACCUAGACGGCCACGGGGUAGAGUUACUGCUAGCACGAAGCAGCAGCAGCAGCAGCAGCAGCAGCAGCAGCAGCGUCGACUGCAGCAGCAGAAGGAAGAGCGGGCAGAAGAGGAGCAGCAGCAGCAGCAGGAGGAACAAGAGGAGCAACCAGAGCAGCAGCAGCAGGAGCAGCAGGAGGAGGAGGAGGAGGAGGAGGAGGAGGAGCAGCAGACAGGCCUUGCUCUGCUGUUUGCUCCAUCCCUAUUUCCUGCCAAAGCCACCAAGCAUGUCGCUUCUGUUGCUGCUGGCAGCACCACUGCUGCACCCUCUAAGACUGCUGCUACUAAAGCCGCUGCCUCUAAGGCUGUUGCAACUAAGGCCGCUGCAACUAAGCCGGCUGUUACUAAAUCCGCUGCCACUAAAGCCGCCGCAACAAAGACUGCUGCUACCAAAGCCAUGAGGCACGUUACUACUGCGUCUGCUGCUGCUGCUGCUUCUGUUGCGGAUGCCUCUGCUACCUCUGCUGCUGCUGCUGCUGCUGCUGCUGCUGCUGCUGCUGCUGCUGAUGAUGAUGAUGUUUCUGCUGCUGCUGCUGCUGCUGCUGCUGCUGCUGAUGUUUCUGCUGCUGCUGCUGCUGCUGCGGCUAUGGGCCGUGAUGCUCCCUCUAUCCCAGGCUCUACAUCAGCUCUGCCUGGGAAUGCUGAGGCGCCUCAGAACGCGCCUCUCAGCGUGCCUGAUGCUGCCGAGGAUGUUUCUGGGCGUAAAAACGUGCCUGCUGCGGCUACGGGCGAUACUGAGAAGACAGCUGAUGCUGCGAUGAAGGCUACUAAGCAGGCAUGUGGGGAUGCUGAUGCUGCAGCUGAUGCUCCGGGGGAAGCGCAAUUACAGGUGGCAAGUGUGGCACCUUCGCGGAAGCGCAAGGCAGCAGCGGCUGGUGCUGGUGCUAUGAAGGUGGGUGGUGGUAAGACGGCUGGUGGAGGGGGUGGAAGAGAGGGGAAGGGAGGAGGUGGGGAGAAGGGGGAACUGGGAGGAGAGGGAGGCAGUGGGGAGAAUGGGGAGGGCAGGAAGGAGACUACGGCAGAGCAGGGCAUUGGAGGGGAGAGUCACAACGAGGAGGAAAGAGAAGAGGGGAAGUUCAAGGGGGGAGGGAGGGAGGGGGAGAGCAAGCGAGAGAGGAAGGACGAAACGGCGGUGGAGGAUAAGGCAGCAGGGGAAGGGGAGGUUGGUGAGGGAGAGAGAAGGGAAAUGGAAGAGGAGGAGGAUGUGGUGGAGGUGGUGCAGCACGGAAGAGGAGGGGAGGGAGAAGAGAGGGAUGAGGGGAUUGAGUGGGGUAAAGAGGAAGAGAAAAUGGGAGGAGGCUUGGAGGGGGAAGGCGAGGAACAGAUGGGUGCGAGUGAAGGGCGUGUGACAGUAGAGAAUGUGGCUCAGGGCAAUGGAACCUCCCAAGAGGCUUCUCAAGAACCCACCGAAGGACCCUCGCAGGAGGUUUCAGAGGCAGGCGAAGGGGCAGAUGAACGGGCAGGUGAAGGAACAGCAGACGAAUCAGAGCUGUCCCAAGCGUCUGUGGGAGCAAGGGGGGCAGCAAAAGUCCGCAGCAGAGCAAGGGCAGCUAGGGGCAAAAGCACUGGGGGGAAGAAAGGGAGGAAAGGCACUAGUGGGGGCGUGGGUGGGGGAGGUAAGUCUGGUGGCGGUAAGACUGGUAUAGUCUCAGCAGCAACUGACGGAGCGACGGGGGGAGGAGAAGGAGCAGGGGGAGUGGGAGGGGAAGGAGGAGUGGCUGAGAAUGGGGGGAUGGAAGGGGAGGAGGUGGAGGAGGACGAGGAAGUGAGGAAGGAGAGGGAGGAGAGGGAGAGGAGGGGGAAGGAGGCGGAGAGGGAGAGGUUGAGGGCGCUGAAGGAGCAGGAGGCGCGGGACAGAGAGGAGGCGAUCAGGCUGGCUACGGUCAGGCAGAGCAGCAGAAUCAGGUCCAGGCAGGCUGGGGGGAACAAGUAGAAAGAGGGGGGGGGGGGGGGGGGGGGGUGGGGAGGGGAGGGGGAGGGGAGGGGAGGGGGACGUUUCUAAAUUGGGGAGUGGAUAGAACAAAUCCAAAAUUGUGGCGAAAGGAGAAAGAUGCGAGGCUGAGUGGAUAGGGGGCAAGAUGUGGAGGAGAGGGAGAAGAAGAUAUCAGGUGGCUUCAUGGCAGCAGCAUGGAGGGAAGAUGGGAGGAAGAUAGGUGGAUUGGAUAUGGGAGGUUGGUUGGGGACUGUGGGCGACUCUCACUGCACUGCACAGCAUGCGUUCAGAUGCACAAGGAAGAGCUUUGGACGACUCUCCUGUUGUUUUGCUAGUGCUUUAUGAUGGCUACUGUGCGCUUGCUGGCUGCUCCUGCUGCGAUGCCUCCCCGCGUCUCUACCCGUGUCCCCUUGCAUUGUUUGUUGGGCGUUCCCUCUCAGGUUCUGGACUGGACAGGCCUCUCUCUCCUUUCUCUUGCUUCUUCUGGUUAAAUUGUUUUCUAGGGUUAGAACAUUUGUUUGUGGAUUUAGAACAUUAAUUUGUUUCUUUUUCAUAAUCCAGGGUUUUCUC